CAGCGCUCAGCCUUUAAUGCUGACGUAUUGCUGUGUCUAUGUGUAGGAUAUAACAACUUGGGGAAACAACUUCUUCAACUUAAACAAGAUAACCUAGCAAACAGCCAAGCAUAUUACCUGACUACUAAAAAGCUGAGUGGCACCAUAAAUAUUAUUUUUGUUCUAGGUCUGGACUCAUAAUAGGAUAAUAGAUCCGUGUUAGUGCCUAACGUUUCAUAAAGGAUGAAGAUAGUUGCUGCUCUGGCUUUCUGCCUUCUGUGCAUCCACUUCAAAACUCUUCAUGGUGUUUCAAAUUGUUCAUCACUUCAAGCUUGUGUUAAAGGCAAUCUCUCUGCAGACCUCCUCUCUCAUGUUCAGCAAAUUGACGAAUUUCCAAAAGAAAACUUCACAUUUCACUGCCCUUUGCAUAGCCAAGUGAAAGGUUUUCAUAUAAAACUGUGGAAAGGACAGAGAGAAGUCUGUACUUUCUAUAAAGACAACGGGAAAACAUCUCACAAGUGUGAUGAGUUUUGUGAUGUAGUGGUUCAUAAUGAUAGAGUAUCAUUCAUACUGAAAAAUUUACAAAGCAAACACAGUGAUACUUACACCUGUUGCCUAGAAAUCGUUUCCCCGAUCUCUGCUCAGUGUAAAGCAGGUGAAAAACAUCUAUAUAUUGAAGAUUCAGCGAAACCUUGCUUGUUUUCUGAAUUGAACUCAUGGAUACUCGUUGGAGUCACUGCAUUUUGCCUUUGGGUCUGCAUCUUCUGUUUAAUAGUUUGCUGCUUCAGAAAUGCGGUUUGCCAACAUAUCCAAAGUUCCCACGACUACACCAAUGAAUAUAUGUCUAUGGCAGCAGUCAAACCCAGUUAAAUGCUCAGCAACCUGAAGUCUUUGACAACAAUCUGAAGAAAUGUAGCGGUCUUUUAAAUCAAAGUGACAUCUGAAAUUAGUCUUUUUGAUUAACUUUUUUUCCCUGGUGGUCUGACCUCACAUACUAUUGUGCCAGACUUUUUAGAAAUCAGAAGGAACAGCCAGGAGUCAGAAUGAAGUAUCAGAGUCAUGUAUUUACCUCUUUCAUCUGCCUGUAUAGUCUGGAGAAAGAGUCCUGUCAAGUUGACUUUCACUUCCAAUUAAACUAAGGACCUCAUCGCACUGAGGUCCACACAGCGGGUGUUAGCUGGGGGAUUCACCAUGCGGGAUGGUAAAUCCAGCAGGUCGUGGGGGGAAUGCAUCGCCCCGUGCCCCACAUCUCCCCUUACACAUCCCACGGGGGGAAGGGUCGCUGCUCAACUUCCCCCCACACUUGCCCCAUCCUUCUCAAUGAGAACACAGGAAGCCUCACUUGUUCUCAUUGUUUCAUCUUAUGACAGUUUUUCCACAGUUGAGAGAUGGAGUCCCGGCAGAAGUAGAUAUACCGUACAUCAUUUGAUGGGAUCCAGUGGGCUCCAUCCCUCAACUGUGUUGAAAGGUUCAUACGAUGGGUAAAGAUCAUAAGCGUAUUGUUGCAUCCAAGCUACAGAGUGUGGUUUAAAACAGGAGAAUCCAGAAAGGAUUUGGAAUACAUGUGCUUUCAAAUGAAGCAGAGUUUGUAUUUUUAAGCCACAAUUUCUAGUUCAGACAGAAAGACAGGCCAGCUUCCAUAUAAAGUGAAAGUUACCAAACUCAAUAGGUGUUCUCUCUCUGAUCAUGUGGGAGGAAGAAAAUAUGCACUCAAACUAGUUUAUGGACCAAGUGGUAAAUUCAGAUUAUGCCCCAUUAAGGACUGAAUCAUUCUGAUACAAACAGAAUAUCUCUUAUAUAAAGUGCUUGGGACCAUAAGUAUUUUGGAUUUCAGUUUUUUUUAUUUUGGAAUACUUGCAUCUGCAUAUAUGUACAUAGUGAGGUAUCUUGAAGACAAGACCCAAAUCUAAACAUAAAAUGAAUUGUAUUGCAUCUAUACAUAAAACACAUCGCCUAAAGGUAGUUUUACACAAUAUUUCAAAAUUUUGUACAUGAAGCAAAGUUUGUAUAUAUUGAACCACCAUAAAGUCACUGUGCCAGAUUUCAGAGUGUUUUGGAAUUCUGCAUAAGAGAAUAAUGCUCAAUGUGUAUUUAGUAGAUGUAUCUUUAAGUUGGUAGCAAUAUGAGAAGAGUAUUUUAUCAUACCAUUAUUCUAGCUAUUGUGAAAUAAAAGUACCAAUAAUUUGCCUUCUUAUAUCCAAACAAGCAACUGCAGAGCUGGGAAAGUCCAGGACAUACCUUUGCUACCUGCUUAGCUGUUAGCUCCUUCUAUGCAGGUAUUUGCUUUCAAAAUUACAAGAGGGUAUAUUGUGUUGAAUUCAGCCAAGAGAAAGGAGUUCCAAACUGGAACAUCUAAUAUAUUUGCCUGAUAUUAUAUGCUUGCGAUUACUCAGUCUGCCUAUCAAUAAUGCAUUGUAAUUAUUGUGACAGAUAUGUUGGACAAUUAAUGUUUCUAAGCAUGAAAAGUUAGUGUGGUCUCCUAUAAUGUGAAUAUUUGUAUGAGGGGUGCUCACAUCAACCCGGGAUUUUUGACUUUAUAAAAUAAAAGAACAGGUUUUCAAGGUAUGAAUGCAUGUCUGACAUGCUCCCUGCUACAUUUCUACACGGUCAAUGAAUCCAAUAUUGGUUCUUCUACUCUUCUUUAUGUCAUAAUUUCCUUUUGCUGCACUCCUGGUAUUGUGAAGCAAUGGAAGGUCGGGUGAGAAACCAUGCAACUCUAAAGAUAUGGCAAAAUAGCACAAAAAUUAAGAUUUAAAAGACACACCAUGUAUGUGCUAAGUAGAGCAAACACAAGUAGGAAAAUGAGACUUUGCAGAAGACUGCUCAUAAGAAUUCAUGUCAACAAAGUGUCAGCAUCACACAAUUGCACUGAAGUGUGAAAGAGAUCAUUUCAAUAAUGGUAUUUAUCUAUGCUUAAACAAUGUAAUUGCAAUAA